GGAAGUUGGAAGAAGUUCUGACUCUUUAUUCGAAAGUUCUCAACUAACAGAACUUGCGGUUAAGCCCUGGAGAUAACGCAGAUCCCUCCCUUCCCCCGGAGGAAGGGGAAUUCUCCUCGCACUGAUGGGAGAGCAGAGGUGGAGGAAGGGAGAAGAGGCCACUUUAAUCGCACGCAGCUUCUUCUUAACCCUUUACACAUUUUGCCCCCUUUGUCUUUUCCCAGAUUGCUUCUGGUUGCUUGGGACAUGCUCAUCUGGCUCUCCCUGAAUGUCCUGCUUUUCUGGAAAACCUUCCUGCUGUAUAACCGAGGUCCAGAGUAUCAUUACCUCCACCAGAUGUUGGGGCUAGGAUUGUGUCUAAGCAGAGCCUCUGCAUCAGUUCUUAACCUCAACUGCAGCCUCAUCCUUUUACCAAUGUGCCGAACACUUCUGGCUUACCUUCGAGGAUCCGAGAAGGUUCCAAGCAGGAGAACUAGAAGAUUGUUGGAUAAAAGCAGAACAUUCCAUAUAACCUGUGGUGUUACUAUCUGUAUUUUCUCAGGUGUGCACGUGGCUGCCCAUCUGGUGAAUGCCCUCAACUUCUCAGUGAACUACAGCGAGGACUUCAUUGAACUAAACGCAGCAAGAUACCGCGAUGAGGAUCCUAGGAAACUUCUCUUCACAACUGUUCCCGGCCUGACAGGGGUCUGCAUGGUAGUGGUGUUAUUCCUCAUGAUUACAGCUUCUACAUAUGCAAUAAGAGUUUCUAACUAUGACAUCUUCUGGUAUACUCAUAACCUCUUCUUUAUUUUCUACAUGCUGCUGAUGUUGCAUGUUUCAGGAGGUCUGCUGAAGUAUCAAACUAAUUUAGACACUCACCCUCCUGGCUGCAUCAAUCUUAAUCGAACCCGUUUUCAGAACAUUUCCUUGCCAGAGUAUCUUCCAAAACAUUUUUAUGGACCUCUCCCUGGAGGAAUCUCAAAGUCAGAAGAGCUGACCCAGAACACAUUUCUGAAGAUUUGUAUGGAAGAGCCCAGGUUCCAAGCUAAUUUUCCACAGACUUGGCUUUGGAUUUCUGGACCUUUGUGCCUGUAUUGUGCCGAAAGACUUUACAGGUGUAUCCGGAGCAAUAAACCAGUCACCAUCAUCUCAGUCAUAAGUCACCCCUCAGAUGUCCUGGAAAUCCGAAUGGUCAAAGAAAAUUUUAAAGCAAGACCUGGCCAGUAUAUUAUUCUACAUUGUCCCAGUGUGUCCGCAUUAGAAAAUCACCCAUUCACCCUCACCAUGUGUCCUACUGAAACAAAGGCAACAUUUGGAGUUCAUCUUAAAAUAGUAGGAGACUGGACAGAACGAUUUCGAGAUUUACUACUGCCUCCGUCUAGUCAAGAUUCUGAGAUUCUGCCCUUCAUUCAAUCUAGAAAUUAUCCCAAGUUGUACAUUGAUGGUCCAUUUGGAAGUCCAUUUGAGGAAUCACUCAACUAUGAGGUUAGCCUCUGCGUGGCUGGAGGCAUUGGAGUAACUCCCUUCGCAUCAAUACUCAACACCCUGCUGGAUGACUGGAAACCAUACAAGCUUAGAAGACUGUACUUUAUUUGGGUGUGCAGAGAUAUCCAAUCCUUCCGUUGGUUUGCAGACUUACUCUGUGUGUUGCAUAACAAGUUUUGGCAAGAGAACAGACCUGACUAUGUCAACAUCCAGCUGUACCUCAGUCAGACAGAUGGGAUACAGAAGAUAAUUGGAGAAAAAUAUCAUGCACUGAAUUCAAGACUUUUUAUUGGACGUCCUCAGUGGAAACUUCUGUUUGAUGAAAUAGCGAAAUGUAACAGAGGGAAAACAGUUGGUGUUUUCUGCUGUGGACCCAAUUCAAUUUCCAAGACUCUUCAUAAACUGAGUAACCAAAACAACUCCUAUGGGACCAGAUUUGAAUACAAUAAAGAAUCUUUCAGCUGAAAACCUUUCAGAUGAACCAGGAUUCUAAAAUAUCUCUCAGCAUAAGGAAUAAGUGCAAUUUCAAAGACCUUGACGCUCAGCUGAAUCAAACAGCUGUGUUGUACCAAAGAGUAGCAAGGUUUUUUAUUUAUGAUUAUUUAAAAUGGAAAUACGGAGAAUGUGACAAGACAAGAGGUCACAUUACAUGUUUAAUCUGGAAACCAAAGAAGCCCUGAAGGAUAUUUGAUCUGAUGAUUCACUUUUCAAUGCUCAAAUUGAAAGAAACCUGUUAGAUGCACACUGUUGAUUUUUAUAGCAGAGUCAAGAACUUCCUAGGGAGGCCUUGAAGUCACUUACGGUGAGGCUUAUUGCCCUGGUCCCCUUUAAAUUAUUUUUGGUUGAACAAAUGCAAGAUUGAACAAAAUUAAAAAUUAAUUGAAACUCAGAUGACAUUUCUUUACAUAUGUAUAAACGGAGUGGCUUUAAUUUGGAAAAGUCAGGCAAAAAUAUUAGAUGUUUAAAAAUACAAUACAGGAGUCUGUAUUUAUACGGGUACUUAGCGUCAAUAUCUGAUCUUCACUACUGAUACUAAUACCUCUACUUAAUGUGUGUAGACUAUGUGCUGAUUGGACCUUUGGCAGAUGUUAAUAUAGUCUCUACUGUUAUAUUUUUCUUUUUCCUUUACCACUGCCUGGGGAAACCUGCCUCUUUUAGUAUACAUCAGACACAAUGGUUUAAUAAGUCCUUUCAUCUGCAAUGUAUUUAAUCUAUUACUAUUUCAUAGCAAUUAGAAUAUCAUUAUUAUAAAUUAUAAAGGAUGUGCAUGUUAAUAACUCUUUUUUCCUUUUUCAGCAUUUUG